AUGAGGCCUGGCAUCAUUAAACGUACGGUACGGCUCACGAACUCGUACGGCCCGUUGGAAGCCCUGCCACUGGCCUCUGGGCAGCUGAGUGAUUCAAGAAGCCAAAGAGCACAUGAGUCACUUUGGAGAAGCGUCUUCAGGGACGAAACAUGGCUUCAGCUCGCACUUGACAAAUUUGGCGUGAAUCCGGUCCUCGUUGGCCCUGACUUAUAUAAAUACUUCGACGAGCCCAAGGAGGAAUACCAGAAUGGGUACAUGGUACUUCUCUCAGGGGAUUUAGAAGACGAACUUAGAUGGGAGCGAGCCACGUUCUUUUAUAGUCUGAAAAAGCAUAAGUACGAUAAGGCUACCAAAGAAAUUUCGUUUAACGUUAAUUGUGGAAUCACGCUACUCGACUAUUGA